UCGAUGUAACCUUCAAGUCGACUUUUUGCGCUUGUCCGACGUCGGUUUUUAAUUUUCGUUUUUGUUCAAAAUUUCCGUAAAAGUUUAACAACAUAUUCCUGCAGGUGUGCAUCGGGUUAUUCCGAGACCGGCAAGUGGCAGCGUUUUCCAUUUGGCAAGAUAACCAACCAUGUCUGAUUCCGACACAUCGGACUCCGACUCGGGCAUUCGCUUUAAAACGACGUCCACACGGUACAAGUCACACGGAGCGGACAAGUACGGAUCUUCAGCAAGGUCGAGUCGCUCGUCGUUGGACGCUGGAAGCCGCAGCAGCACCAGUCGUCGCCGCAGUCGCAGCCGUGACCGGGACCGCCGCAGAAUCAACGAUCGACGCAGCAAAAGCAGAAGUCGUAGCCACAGCAGAGACCGCAGAAGGCGUAGGGAUGAACGAAGACAUCGAAGCCGGACACGAUCACCAGCGAAACGAUCAUCGCAUGACCGGCGGGAUCAUCGCUCCAAGUCCAGUAGCAAAACUAGCAGCCACUCGACAAAGGAGACAUUUUUCAGCGUAGAACCGUCCAAGAUAGAACCGACAAAGGUGUUGGACAUAUCCGUUUCCUCACUUUCGUCUCAGGAUGAUCACCUGGGCAAGGACGAUGCUCCCGAUGAUCAGUUUGGUCCUGCGCUACCACCGGCCAUGUACAGUAAAGCGCCGGAACGUAAACCCUCCGUCGAAGAAGAAAAUGUAGAAUCUAUCGGACCGGCACUUCCACCCCAUUUGGCAGCACGAAAGCUUCAAGUUGAAGAUCAUUCUCCUGCGCAGAGCAAGCCCACAAUCGGCCCAGCAUUGCCUCCUACAGGAUUCAUCCCCGCCAAGGACGCCGUCGCUGGUGACAGCUCCGAGUCGGAACUUUCGCCAUUUUCCGAAGAAGAACCCGAUGCUGAUGAGAACGAUGACUUUAUCGGUCCAGCAAUUCCAGGUGCGUCCACGUCCAAGGCACAACUCGAGCUGGAAAAGCGUGCACUGGAAAUGAAACUAAGGCGUUUCGAUAGCGAAGAUGCCAAAGCUUCGAACGCCACUGCACGCGAAGACUGGAUGUUGGAACUGCCUGACAUCCGGAAGGUCCCCGACAUGGGCCUAGGGGCGAGACAGUUUAGAACCCGAGAAAAGCCCGAAAUUGGCGACCGGUCCGUGUGGACAGACACCCCAUCCGACAAGGAGCGCAAAAAGGCCACCGGUGGUGGUCACUCCUCGCGCGAUGCCAAACGUAACCUUGAGGAGGAAACGGAGCUGCUCCGGAUCGCCCAACGAGACAAGCAGCAAGAGGAACAGGUUAAGCGACACAAGAAGAAACACAAACGGGAUAAAUCCUUGCUCGACAUACACCAGAAAAAGCUCAAGAAGGAAAAGAAAGACAAAGACGAACCUACCCGGAGGCCCUUCGAUAGGAACGUGGACCUGCACGCGAAUCGGUUCGACGAUGCGCAAAAGAAGGCCAUCAUGAAAAAGGCACAGCUGCUCGAUACGCGAUUCUCGUCCGGGGGAUCCAAGUUUCUCUAGCGUCGUUUUGGGCGGGCGAAUUCCAGCCGCAAGCAGCAGCAGCAGCAAGUCGUGAUUUCUAUAGAUAUGAUAAGCUUGUACCGUUUAACCUACUAUUUUUUUUUAGUGUGUACGAUUACCUUUAAAUUGUGUGAAACUUGCGCAUUGUAAGCAAACUAGCGUGUGUUAUUGGAAACACAUCUUAUUCUUACUUUUAAUUCGAACGAAAAAUUGCGGAUUAUCAAAUCGUAGCGUUACUGUAAUAAAGCGGUUAAUUUUUAAAACACAUC